AAUACAAACCAUACCAUAUUUCAUUCACAUCAAAGUGCACACUUCUCACUUCUCCCAUUCCAAUCCAUUCUUCUUUUCACAACAUUUGAUCCUCUUCCUCAUGAACUUGAGAGCCAUCACCACCCUCCUUCUCUUCCUUCUCCUUUCCCAAAAUCCCCACUUUACCCUCGCCGGAAAACGCAAGGUUCACAUCACCGACGACCUCGACGACGUGUUCGACGACGAGGAAGACGAUGGUUGGAAAGAAUGGGGCCAGAAACCCGCACCCUCGUUCCCACCUGCCGAUUUGAACAAGAUGGAUCCCUCGCAGAUCCAAGAGGAGUUGGCGAAGCGCCACACCGGACCCGUCAUCGGAUUCGUCAAGCUCCGAGUUGGGGUUCGCCGGACUCCGGACAUGGUAGCUGAACUUGCCAUGAAAUGGACACAUGUCCUGAGAACUGGAGCUCUUGGAAUAAAGUUCAUGGGUGUUGAUCUGAAUACAGUCAUGUUCAACAUGGAAAGCAUGAAAGAUUUGGAAGAGUUGAAGGAAUAUAUCUUGGACCAAUCAGAGGCAUAUGAGAUUAAAAUGGGGGAACAAUUUUUUAGAAGACCUGGAGAUCCACCUCUCGAUGAAGUUAUUCAGAAGUCUAAAGAUGAGAAAGGCAAAACAGAGAAUGCUGAACCAGAGGAAGUUGAUGGAAAUUUAAAAACAGAAUUGUAGUCAGACAAAAUUCUCAAGAAGUUGAGAUGAUGCAAUUGUGCCACUUCUUUUCACAGGCUUACUCCCAUUUUUUAAAAGAAAUUUUAGAGUCCUGAUUUACAUCUCUUUCUUCCCCCUCUUCUAAUUAGUUUUAAAUGCUGGUGUAAUAGUAAUAGUAACCAUAGUUGCAGCAUUUGGCAAGACUAAGAGAAGGCACUUCUAGAUGUAAAUUUUGGGGAAAAUAAACAGAAAUUACUUUAAUUUA